CUUUCCUCGUAUUGGGAAUAUCGAAAACAGAGUUAAAUCUACAUUCCGUUCCGACCAUGCACAGGUUACAGUAGUUAUUAAGUUUUUAGUGUUUUUUACUUAGUAGACAGUGGAGACCAUGUUUCGGUCAGCGUGUGCCCUGCUGUUGUCUGCGCAUUUAGCGGCGGCACUAUUUUAUCACGAGCUUUCUGCAGUUGAUCUGAAGGAUGAUAAAAUAAACAGUGCUUAUGGAUUCAGCUUGGGAUAUCAAAGGGAUGAUGCGAGACUAGUUAUCGGUGCACCACUCUACAAUACAGACGGGAAAGUGUAUCAUUGCUCUGUAAAGGACAUCAAGAAUAAGAAAUGCAAUGAUCCCGUACACAUUGACUUUAAAGGGAUAUCGAACAGAACUGUGCAUCCAGAUCAGCAUUUUUACCUGGGUGCCUCAAUAGCAGCAAAGAAAAAUGGUUUUGUGGUAUGUGCACCGCUAAGGACCGCAUAUUUUGGUAAUAUCGAUCUACAUACAAAAACUAGCGCGGCGUUCGGCGUCUGCUUCAUUUACGAUAAUAUUGAAAAAACACCAAAACCUUGGUCUCUCAACUCCAAUAUAAGUAUUUCAGCUCUAUGGGUAGAAGGAGGAGGCGGUUGGAGCACAUUAGUAGAUGACAAUGAUAGAGUCAUAAUAUCCCAACUGUUUGAGAAUAAGGCUGCGUUGUGCAGCCAAACGUUAAAAGCAGAGAAUUACUCUGAAUGUUUUAAACCUCAAGAAUUAAGCCUGGCGACGACAUACGGUCAAGCAAUAACAUUUGGAGAUUAUUUUUCUGAAAAUAAAAUAUGCUACGCUUUUAGCGUUAACUCUAUAGGAAUGGAGAAAGGCUAUAUUGAUUUCUUCUCCAACGAUGCUCUACAUGCUUUUGCUCCAGGAUUUGAUUGCCCUCGCAGACUGAACGACAGGACUGAAAGCGUAGGCAGCAUGUUCGGCGCAGCGCUUUCCAGCGCUGAUGUUACUCGCGACGGUCACGCCGACCUCAUCGUCGGCGCGCCGGCGCAGCACCGCUGGGCCGCCGACUACGACACCGGCGCGACGCACAUUUAUUCUAAAUCGAUUAAUCCCUUCGAUAAUGAAACAGUCGAAAUGGAUUUGAUGUUGACAAUUUGGGGGGUAAAGAGCGGCUCACGGUUCGGGACGACUUUGUCCACUAACGAUGUGAACGGCGAUUCUUAUCCAGAAAUAAUUGUCAGCGCGCCAUUCGAGAAGUCAGGAGGCGUGUUAUACAUUAUCUGUGGCUACGCCAUACAUGAGAACAUUAAGAGCAAACGAGUCACGAUAUCAGUGUCAGAACUGGCCAGGACACAGAGGAUUGAGAAGAGCCAGUCUUUUGGUUUCAGUCUGCAGCCGGUCGCUGAUUAUAACGACAAUGGGAGUGAUGAACUUGCAGUUGGUGCUCCGGAGGAAUCGACCGUUACAAUGUAUAGGGGAAUCCGGGCCAUCACAGUGAAUGUUACCUCUGAAUUUACAGACUAUGCCACAAACACAAACACUGAAUUUGGCUUUGCUUCGUGUGUGACCAUUGAGAAGCCUAAAGAACCCAAAAAAAUUACAAUGAGGUUAUUGGUUAAAAAUGAGUUGACUGGCGACAAGGCUACUUUUAAAAGCGACAACAACGGUAAAACAUACGAGAUAGUUUUAACAGACAAGCCUACAGACAUUAAUGGGACUAUGCACCGAUAUUGUCGGGACUACCUUAUUACGAGCUGUUUCUCCUGUAAGGUCAACACAACAGUCUCUUUGAUGGAGGACAUUAAAACUGUGAAAGAGUUCAAAAACACUUGGGUGACAAUAAGCCCACAAAGUAGCCUGACCAAAGAGACGCAACCGCAGUGCAACUGCGGCGGGGUGCCCUGUGAGCCUGAAUACUCUGUGGAACUGCUGUGGUCUGGAAAAAGUGGCAGAACUCAUCUAUACAUCGUCGGUUCAUCUGACAUGGAGACAGUGACGGUCAUAGUGAGCAACAAUGGCACGAUGGGAUGUGGCGCAUGCGCGAAUGUGCGUGUGAGCGGCACGCUGGUGCACACCCUGCCGUGCGCCAAGGAGAUUGGAGCGUAUAAGUGUGAAUUGCCGGCGCCUUUCCGUACUGGUACCAAUGUAAGUAACCAUUUAAUAUUUUAG